AUGCAGAUCUCACUCUUCGUCCUCUUCGCAACUGUUGCACAAGCCCAGUGGAAGGGUUGUUCCAGUCCUUGGCCCAACAUAACCCCCGGCAAACAAUAUACCCUCAAAGAUAAAUGUCGCACUCUAGCAGGCUAUCCAAAGAAGUUUCGAGGUACAGAAGUCACCGUGACCUAUACGCAGCAAUGGAGCCGUCUACCCGGCAACACCAAAACAGCCGUAAACUCAAUCCUCAAAGAAUCUAUCGAGAAAAGCGUGGAAGCCUACCGCAAAUUCGCAAAGCUUCCAUCAGGCAUUGUCGUCAUUUUGACAACAGAAAGUGAUGAAGAAUUUACAGCCGAGACUUACUAUCCUAGUCUUAAGAAACCACCGUGUCAGAUCAAGUUGCUCAAGAGAUGGACCACCGAAGCAACGACGAAUAAACCCCGGGUGCUACAGGCCCUUUCGCAUGAGAUAUAUCAUUGCAUCCAGAGUCUCGGGAAAUUUGGCAAUCAUCCUGAUCCGCAAUGGGUUCGUGAGGGCACUGCGAAUUAUUUCAGUAACCUCGUCUUUCCUGACUCCAACGCCGAAUGGCCUGAUAAGGAGCAUAGCGGCGUCGCGUAUAAGCCAAAUCUACCAAUCUAUGCACAUGUUGGUUUAGAAGCCUACGCGGCCAGCAUCUUCUUUCAAGCGCAAGACAAAAUGGAUGAGGAUGAGUUGAACAAAUUUGUUCUGGCAACGCCUGGAGGAUCAAGCGGGCUCCAAGAACGAACUCGACUUUCACAUGUAUCCGGAUUCACCGACGAGUUUUUCAUUUUCGCAAAAGCUUUCGCACUACAGCAGAUCCAAGAUACCAACGGAGAUCUCAUUCCGAUCGCCAAAAUUAACCCCGUUUCUGCCUCAAUCCAGUUUGACAAAGCGGGCACUACCGGCACCGCAACGCUCACAAGCACGCCGUUCACUAUUUCGGUCUUCAAGAUAGCCAUCGACCCCGGGAGGACGGCAAAGAUUUACUCAUCGGCGGACGAUAACCAGAAGCUUGCUUACCGAAAGUCAGACGCCAAAUCGUGGACCGACAUGGCCACCGAUUCCUCUUCUGGACGCACUAUUGAUCUUGCAUGCGAUGAGAAAAGCACUAAACAGGCGUACAUCGUUUUGUUCAUCUCAACGAAGGAUGUGAGGAGUGAUAAAGUUAAAAUCACGGUUGCGACGGGUAAGCCGAAAAAGUGCGGCGCGAGGAGCGGCUUCGUUCUGUAUCCUCUCUUCAAUCCUACGACUAGCGGAGGAUACUGUCCCAAGGGAACACAUUCUUCCAGGCUAGCAAUUUGGUGCUGCCCAGAUGGAACACAAUUGGAUGAACAAGUAGCGCAGCAAGUCAGUAUCUGCUGUCCAACAGGUCAGUCUCGUGCUGUAAAUGCUGUUACGCUGAUAGGCUGA